GUUAGGUGAUCUGACAGAUGAUUGACAGCAGCGCACAGCUAUUACGUUGCGUCAGGGUUAUGGCUGCUGCGAUCAGACUUCUCUCGCCCUGGAGCUUUUACCGAUUCGCCCGAGCGAGUAAAGCUGUGUGUGCUCAGCUGCACAGCUCUGCGGCAGUCAUGGGAGCAUCAGUAGAAGAGUUCAACGCGGCCAAAGAGAAACUAGGAGCUCUGAAGAAGGAUCCAGGGAAUGAAGUCAAACUCAAGGUCUAUGCACUCUUCAAACAGGAAGAGGCCAGGCAGCAGUACGUGGAUCUCAUCUCGUCUCUGGUGGGAACAGAAGCUCCCACGGUGGCAGCGCAGCCCACCGGGAGCACAAAGGGCUUCCAGACCCUGCUGGUCAGCACAGAGGACAACAUCACCACCAUCCGGCUCAACAGACCCGAGAAAAAGAACGCCAUCACUGUGGAGAUGUACAAUGAGCUAAUCGAAGCUUUGGAUCUUGCUGGCAAAGACGAUUCUGUCAUUACAGUGAUAACAGGUAGUGGAGAUUAUUACUGCAGUGGAAACGACCUGAACAACUUUGCAAAGAUCCCUGAGGGUGGAGUUGAGAAGUUGGCUAAAGAAUCUGGGGAGUUACUGAGGAGGUAUGUAAAGGUGUACAUUGACUUCCCCAAACCUCUGAUUGGAGUCAUAAAUGGACCGGCGGUGGGGGUGUCAGUCACUCUGCUGGGACUUUUUGAUGUUGUGUAUGCCACAGAGAAGGCAACGUUUCACACACCCUUCAGUCAGCUGGGUCAGAGUCCAGAGGGCUGCUCUUCAUAUCUUUUCCCCAAAAUUAUGGGUGCGGCAAAGGCUAGCGAGAUGCUGUUGUUUAAUAAGAAGCUGACGGCCACACAGGCCUGUGAAGUGGGUCUGGUGACCGAGGUCUUUCCUGAAAGCUCCUUCCAGUCCGAGGUGUGGACCAGACUGAAGGCCUAUGCCAAACUGCCCAGGAACUCUCUGGCUCUGUCGAAGCAGCUGAUCCGCGUGGUGGAGAAAGAGAAGCUUCACGCCGUGAACGACGCAGAGGUGGAGAGACUGGUGGAGCGCUGGCUCUCAGAUGAAUGCAUGCAGGCCAUCAUGAGCUUCUUCCAGGCCAAGUCUAAACUUUGAGAAGAGCCCAUGGAGCCAUUCAACAUACAGUCUCUUCCCAAAAUGACCUUUCUUUUGCAAUAGAUUUUCCAAUUAACCCUAUAUCCUACAAACAACAGAAAAGAAUCACCCAACUCAUCUAAACAGUGGAUUGUAUAGGAUUUGUAUAGCAUUGGAUGGUGUAUACAUAACAUGAGACCUUUUAUUUAGUCAUUCUGUCAUAACAGUUUAAUUGGACAACCAUGUAAUAUAGUGUUUUGGAACAAAAUGAACCGUCUGUUCCAUUUACUGUACCAGACGUGCACUUAGUAGGUUGUAACACUCAGUGCCUUACUAAUGUGAAUGCAUUUGUGUUUUUUUAUCUGAGGGCCAAAAAUCAGUAUACUCCGUUUCAGAUGUAUCAAUACAUUAAAUAAUUUGUAUAGUCUUUUGACAUUUUGUCCUGAAUACAGUUUUAAUACCUACUUAAAUACAA